AUGCCAACAGGAAAUCACUGGACAGCAGACCCUUCCAAGAUCAUAACUGGGCUGUUGGAGCAACUUGGAAAAGAAGAAAAAAGAACUGAAACCAUGACAAAAGUAAAUAGAGCUCGGUCUACCUCCCCACCGGAUGGAGGAUGGGGCUGGAUGAUUGUGGCUGGCUGUUUCCUUGUUACCAUCUGCACCCGGGCAGUAACCAGAUGUAUUUCAAUUUUUUUUGUGGACUUCCAGACAAACUUCUCUCAGGAUUAUGCACAGACAGCCUGGAUCCAUUCCAUUGUAGACUGUGUGACCAUGCUCUGUGCUCCACUUGGGAGUGUUGUCAGUAACCAUUUUUCCUGUCAAGUGGGAAUCAUGCUGGGUGGCUUGCUUGCAUCUACUGGUCUCAUCCUGGGCUCAUUUGCCACCAGUCUGAAGCAUCUCUACCUCACUCUGGGAGUUCUUACAGGUCUUGGAUUUGCACUUUGUUACUCUCCAGCUAUUGCCAUGGUUGGAAAGUAUUUCAACAGACGGAAAGCCCUUGCUUAUGGGAUCUCCAUGUCGGGAAGUGGCAUUGGCAUCUUCAUCCUGGCUCCUGUGGUUCAGCUCCUUAUUGAACAAUUUUCCUGGAGGGGAGCAUUACUCAUCCUUGGGGGUUUCGUUUUGAAUCUCUGUGUUUGCGGCGCCUUGAUGCGGCCAAUUACUCUUAAAGACGACCAAACAACUUCAGAGCAGAACCAUGUCUGUAGAACUGAGACACAAGGCUUUCAGCAGGCAUCUCCCUCUUCGAGUUGGACUAAAGAAUGGGUGCAGACCUGCCUCUGUGGCUCUUUGCAGCAGGAAUACAAUUUUUUACUGAUGUCAGACUUUGUUGUACUGGCCAUCUCUGUUCUAUUUAUGGCUUACGGCUGCAGCCCUCUCUUUGUGUACUUGGUGCCUUAUGCUUUGAGUAUUGGAGUGAGUCACCAGCAAGCUGCAUUUCUUAUGUCCAUACUUGGGGUGAUUGACAUUAUUGGCAAUAUCACAUUCGGAUGGCUAACCGACAGAAGGUGUCUGAAGAAUUACCAGUAUAUUUGCUACCUCUUUGCCAUCGGAAUGGAUGGGCUCUGCUACCUCUGCCUCCCAAUGCUUCAAAGUCUCCCCCUGCUCAUGCCUUUCGCUUGUACUUUUGGCUACUUCGAUGGUGCCUAUGUGACUCUGAUCCCAGUAGUGACUGCAGAAAUUGUGGGGACCACCUCUUUGUCAUCAGCGCUUGGCGUGGUGUACUUCCUCCAUGCAGUGCCGUAUUUGGUGAGCCCACCCAUCGCAGGAUGGCUUGUAGACACGACUGGCAGCUACACUGCAGCGUUUCUUCUCUGUGGAUUUUCAAUGAUAUUUAGUUCUGUGUUGCUUGGCUUUGCUAGACUUGUAAAGAAGAUGAGAAAAACCCAGCUGCAGUUCCUUGCCAAAGAAUCAGAUCCCAAGCUGCAGCUAUGGACCAAUGGAUCGGUGGCUUAUUCUGUAGCAAGAGAAUUAGAUCAGAAAGAUGGGGAGUCUGUGGCUAUAGCAAUGCUUGGUUCCAACCCCACAUGAUCAAUGGCCUUGAGCCUGAAUCUUCAGGGCUGAAAGAGGUGGGACCACUGUAUUGUACAUGUUUCUGAAGGAUUUUAUUUUGGCAGAAGUAUUGCCUUCCAAGGAAAUUUAUCGUUUUA